GGCCUGAAAAAACCCAAAGCCAAAAGCCUUCCUCGCUCUGCUUCGUCGUCCUCGAGCCCAAAGAGCAGGCCGAGAAUCCGCCUGAAAUCUAGGUUGUCGCAGCUCCAAUGGUGACCAGGUGGAACCAGAAGAGCCCCGGCCUCAAGAUCCUGUGGAUCUGGACCCUGGGCACCGCCGCGAUCAUGAUCGGCAACGUCGUCCGGACGCGCGUCAACGAUAUGGAGAUGAUGCUCCGGGAGGAAGACGAGGCUGCUGCUGCUGGCGCCGGCGGCACCGGCGGCGGAAUGACCUCCGGCGAGCGCGUCAUGAGAGACGACGAGUUAAGCAGUGAAUGAAGAGUUUGCUUGAGCUUGAGUGGCUCCACAUGGCAAAGUUCGUCGAAGCCUGCAUUUAGCCAUCCAAGCCUAUAUUCGUCAUCCGGUCUAUCUUUUAAUGUCUCCAAAGACCAUUUUCUACAGGAUUUUACCGGGUAGAAGUGUAGAACGGUGAGGCAUCUGCGUGGGGCAUGAAACUAUGGAAUUGCUUCUUUCCUGGUACUGAUUCGUGUACCUGUUGCUUAGAAACAAACCUAUAACUCUACACAGUGAACUUUUCUGCUGAUUGAAACAAAGAGUAUCAAAUGUUGUCGUACC